GCGCGGCGCUGUCCAAUGAGCACGCGCGGGGGCGCCUCCUCGCCGGAGCUGGGCGUCUCGCUCCGCCCCCUGCAGGGAUUGGGACGGGGCCGCUGGGCGCCCCGCCUCCGCGGAGCGGUGACCGUCACGGACAGGCGCCGCCGGGACCGGGCCUCUGCUGGCCCGAGAGUGGUGAGUUCGGGGUCUCCAGGUCCCGACGGCCGGCCAGAGGAGCUGCUGGAACCGGCCGGGGCCGGACUUCGGCCUCCUUCCUCCAGCUCGGCCUCUGCGCCGCGGGGGCCGCCGGUUCCGCUCGGCUCGGCCGGGUUCGGCUUUCCGGCCUCUGUUCGGCUCGGCUCGGCUCCGCUCGGCUGUGUCCGGCCCGGCCGUCGCCCCCCUCGGCCCGCCAGAGGCGGCAGCGGGACCCCGGUGCCCCUUGGCGUCCCCGUGGCGACUGGGCCCAGGUCUGGCGCAGUCUUCGGUCUGUGCAGUGACGCGGGCGGCUUGUGACGAGGCUCCGGAUCCUGUGUCUCCGUCUGAGUUAAGAAUCCAUUCCCUGUGCUGCGAGGGACGCGUGUUGUCUGCAGUUGCCGCGUGGGACGGCGGAUCAGAAGGCGCUGAGGAGCCCGCGCCUCCGGCCGGUGGCCAGUGGAGUUUCUUCUGUCCUCGGGAGCAUGCCUAGAUGAAUGAGGAGUUGGGACAAAGGGAAGAUAAGACGGGAGCGGACCGGUACAAGAGCAUAACUUUUUAAGACAGCCGAGUUCCCUCGAUAAACUUUGAAGAAGGGAGGAAGAUGCUGCCGUCGCUGCCCACCCUGACCGUCCUCAUCCCGCUGGUCUCGCUGGCGGGCCUGUUCUACUCCGCCUCCGUGGAGGAGGGCUUCCCCCAGGGCUGCACCAGCGCCAGCAGCCUGUGCUUCUACAGCCUGCUCUUGCCGGUCACUGUUCCCGUGUACGUCUUCUUCCACCUGUGGACGUGGAUGGGGCUGAAGCUCUUUAGGCAUAAUUAGCGGGGGGGGUGGGUCUGGGGGGGUGUCCCUCCCCCAGGGCUUGCGGAUUCUGAGUAGCGGUGCUGUAGCGGAAUAACAUUUUCAAUAAAACGUCUCGAGGGAGGGAGAGAUGCUGCUCCCUUAUCGGAA